GUCAGCGCGAUUGCGAGGACAGUAGCAAGAGGCAUUUCUGGGAGAAGCAGCGAAGCGGAGAACUAAUGGUCCACUAUGCGGAGCCAGUCUCUCUGGUAGCAUGGAAAAGUACGAAAAGGUGAAACAAAUUGGGGAAGGCUCAUUUGGAAAGGCCAUCCUGGUGAAAUCCAAAGAGGAUGGACGCCACUAUGUCAUCAAGGAGAUUGGGAUAUCUGGUAUGUCCAGUAAAGAGAGGCAGGAAUCUCGGAGAGAGGUUGCUGUUCUCGCCAACAUGAGUCAUCCCAAUAUCGUGCAGUACAAGGAGUCUUUUGAAGAAGGCGGAUGUCUUUACAUCGUCAUGGACUACUGUGAGGGAGGGGACCUUUUCAAAAAGAUCAACUCUCAGAAAGGCGUCCUGUUUCCAGAGGACCAAAUCCUACAUUGGUUUGUGCAGAUUUGCCUGGCGCUGAAGCACGUGCACGAUCGGAAAAUCCUCCACAGGGACAUCAAGUCUCAGAACAUAUUUCUGACAAAAGAAGGGACAGUUCAGCUUGGAGACUUUGGGAUUGCGAGGGUCCUGAACAGCACCGUGGAACUGGCGAGGACGUGCAUAGGGACACCGUAUUACUUAUCACCAGAGAUCUGUGAAAACAAACCGUACAACAACAAAAGUGAUAUUUGGGCCCUAGGGUGUGUACUGUAUGAAAUGUGCACUCUUAAGCAUGCAUUUGAAGCUGGCAACAUGAAGAACUUGGUCCUGAAGAUAAUUCGAGGCUCCUACCCUCCGGUGUCUGUUCACUACUCCCAAGAGCUGCGCUCUCUCUUGGCGCAGCUUUUUAAGCGCAACCCCAGAGAGAGGCCUUCGAUCGGCAGCAUUCUGGACAAACCGUUCCUCUCCUGUAGGAUAGAGGGGCUUCUCACGCCACAGGUCAUUGCUCAGGAAUUCCGCCAUACUUUUCUUCACAAGCAGCCUAAAAUGGGCGUGGCGCAGGUGCCAUCAGCCCAGAAGAUUACCAAACCAGCAUGUAAAUACGGAGUGCCUUUAACGGUGAGGAAGGCAGGCGAGGGAGCCAAGAAGCCUUCAGAGAGGAAAGCUGCAGUGAAACACAAACCGGCCCUUCUCCCAGCAGCCCCUCAAAGAAGGAUCAGUCACGUGGAGGAAGAAAGAAAAAAGCACGAGGACGGCAUCAGGAAGAAAAGGAUGGAGCUGAUAGAGAAGGAACGGAAACAGAGAGAACAGAUGUUCCUGUUGAAAGCAGAGCAGAUGAAGAAAUAUGAGAAGGAAAAGAUUAGUCGAAUAAACCAGGCCAGAGAACAAGGCUGGAAGCACGUCUUGAGUUCCAGUGGAGGCAGCAGCCCAGAGAGGAAGUGUUUUGUAGGAGGUAAAAGGGCUGUGGGGGUCCAAGGUUCUGCCCUGGGCCCUUCUCCAGCCCCCGUCUCCAGCAAGAGCCCGUAUGAGCACUACUAUGCUGCUCUGGACCAAAUGGCUAAAUCCCAGCCCAAAGACACCAGCAGGAGCGGAUCUUCAGCAGGACCUGGCAGUCCCAUAAGAGGUAUACCAGCUGCCGCAGGCCCAGUGCUGCCCAACGGACCGGCCCAUCGCCUGAACUCUGACACCAUCAAAAGAGAGCUUCAGAGGUUGCAGCAUGUUUCAAAACAAGCCCAGAUCAGCCGGCAGCGCGGGCAGAUACCGGUCGAGCGAGCCUUUCAGGUCGAGGAGUUUUUGCAGCGGAAGAGAGAAGCAAUGCUUAACAAAGUGAGAGCCGAAGGACAGCUGGGUACCCGACAAAACCUGGCUGCAAUAUACGGAAGUCGGGCCGGCGCGGCUCGGUGCAGGCGACCUAAAGUCAACAAAGACGAGGAGGAGUACCUGGCAAGACUCCGGCAGAUCCGCCUGCAGAACUUCAACGAGCGUCAACAGAUCAAAGCCCGGCUGAGGGGGGAGAAGUAUGACAGCGACGGCUCCGAUAGCCAGGAGUCAAGCGAGGAGGCAGAGCUCAGGAGGAAAAAGAUAGAGGUGUUAAAAGCUCAAGCCAACGCCCGCGUCGCUGUACUGAAAGAGCAGCUAGAGAAGAAGAGGAGGGAAGCCAGCGAGAGAGAAAAGAAAGCCUGGGAGGACCACCUUGCUGCGGCUCGAGGUGCCAGGUGUGGCGUUGCAGCUGGAGGUGCAGCAAAGGCGACAGCAGCACCAGCAUCUACCUCUGAGUGUCCUCCCCCACAAGCCGCUCCUCUCCAGCCCGACCCGGCUGUCAAAGCUUCGGCCCCGCCCGCGUCCAAACCCUCCACCCCUUCAAUUUCCAUGACCGCUGCCCUGGAGAACGUCGGAGCGAUUAGUCUGCUGAAAGAAAACUCCAGCGACACUGAGACAGCUGCCGGGAUCCAGAGUGAGAAGAAGCAGAUUCUGCGCAGACUUAACCAGAACCUGAAAGCCCAGAGCCCGGUGGAGGAAGCUCCUCCGGCACCUUCAGAGCCAGGUCCUUCUCCCCAGCAGGAGCAGGCGGACACGGAGAAACGGCCCCCUUCAGACGGAGACCGGAGAAAGUGGGAGGUGGCAGAGCUGCCUUUACUGCCAGUGCCUCAGCAAACCUUCGGGGAGACGUGCUCUACAUCGAGCGCCACGCCAGCUUCUCCAGAGGAAAGGCCGUCCUCUGGUGGAGACAGGAAGAAGUGGGAGGCAGGUGCUACUCUCGUCCUUUCUGUUGAGCAGCAAACCCUUGAGCAGACGUGCAUCACCACCAUCGAUGAAACACUUGGGGAAGUCAUACUGCUGGGCGAACUUCAGGAAGACGUUCCUAGGAAGGUGUGCGAGGCGCUUCAGCCAAUCACACAACAGCCAGAGAUUGUCGCAAUGUCUGAUGGUGAGAAAAUUUCCAGAGAACGUUUUGCCUCAGCUGUGGAUCAAAGACUAAUGGAUGGAAAGCUGGAGUCAGAUCAGAAAACGCCUGCGGCAAAAGAAUCGCUGCUGCCCAGCCUUACUGAUGUUCAGGAUUCAGCCGACCUGGAGUCGGUGAUUUUGGAGGAGAUUCCUAAACAGGCAUCCACUCCACCAGCUAAUGUGCAACAAGCUUGGGAACAGGAAGCCCAAAAGCAAAUGCCACAUGGGGGUGUUACAGGACCAACGGGCACCCAGGACAUUGAGAAGAGUUCAGAGAAAGCACCUGAAUCCUCAUGUUUGGCUCAGCAGGAGGAGCCCCUGUUUCGGAAGUGCUCACCGGCCCACCGACGAACCGCUGCCCUGUCCGCCCCAUCCGCCCAGUCCUCCCUGGAUGAAUCCUCCUCCUCUCUGGCCUCUCGCUCACGGUCCGUCUCACCUUUGCGCUCCAAGAACCAGGACGAACUGCUCAUUGGUCUCUCCGCAGGCAUGUUUGAUGCCAACAACCCAAAGAUGCUGCGGACGUGCUCCCUACCCGACCUCAGCCGAGUCUUCAGCCCUCAGCAGGACUCCGCAGGAAGGAGCAAAGCUAACGUCUCCCCGGACAAAGAGCUGGAAAUUGAGGAUCUGGAAGAGGCUGUUAAGGACGAUGACCAAUCAGAUGCUGAGGACGCAUACGAAGACGAAGAUCUGCGGGACAUCAGGGCCUCCAUGGAGAGACUGCUGCAGGAAGAAAGCGACAGGAGCCCCCCAGAUGUUCCUGGAGCGGGAGAUUUUAACGGAAACCCUUCGCAGGCUGGAGACGCUGAGCUGUUCAACAGAAUGGCAGCUGAGCUCGAUCAGGACAACAAUCGGAUGGCUGUAGAUAAUGAUGACGAGGAGGAGGAGGAUGAAGACGAGGAGGAUGAAGACGAGGAGGGUUCUAAUGGCAGUUCGGGUGAUGACGAGGCCAGGGAUCUCCUUUCCAAUGGUGUGGGAGAAGAAUGCCGAAACGACGGCGAGCAGCUCAAUGAAGAAUGGCAAUCAGACGGCAGUGGAGAAGAUCACGGAGUUGAGGCUGGCCAUCACGACAGCAUCUUCAGCCGCCUGGAAGAGCUUCGCUUCAACCUGGAGCAGCAGAUGGGCUUCGAGAAGUUCAUUGAAGCUUACAAUAAGAUCAAGGCCAUUCAUGAGGACGAAGAUGAGAACAUUGACCUGGGCUCCAGUUUGCUUUCAAACAUACUGGGAACUGAGCACCAGCACCUGUACCCCAACAUCCUUCACCUAGUCAUGGCAGACGGCGCCUACCAAGAAGACAACGACGAAUAACGCUGUGCAGUGGAGCUGCUGGCAGCUGUCUGACGUCUUCCCACCACAGACAGAAGGAUCUAUGCAUGGAGCGUGGCUGCCCCUCACGUUACUGACCCGUUCGCAUGACGUUCUAACUAUAGCACUUCAAACCGCCUCCGACUCUCGGCUCUCUCCGCUAACCAGUGUUUGUUCAGCAUUGUUAAAAGAACCAAAGUUCAGUUAAUUUGUCGGGCUGCGUCCAUCCUCCGAGGAGGGAUGCGUGUAUAUGUUGGCACUUUUAGUUGCUAAGAUGUGUUUCACUUUGCGUUGUUUUUAUCGACCUCUUUAGUGGCUUUUACUUUAAGGGGGGGCUUAAGAUCUGGUUCUCUCAGGUACUCUCUUUCUGUGCCACACUCAACCAUAACUUCACAUGAUAAAGCAGGUAACCCUCAACAUAGAGGACUAUAAUGGACUCAAAAACCAGUUAUACCUCCCUUUCUUACAAGAAUUUCUACCAUUUACCAAGUUAACGUCAUUUUCCGUUUUGUUUUCUGUUUUUUACUGUUUGUUAGCCCAGAAUGAGGCAAAGAUUUGCCACCGGGGUACUGUAGCAGGUAUGGCUUGUGAGACCUUUCGGUCUGGUGAGAUUAAGCAGCUGUUGUCUGGAACACUUGACUUGUGUUAUAGUUUGCACCGAUAGUUCGUGUUUAAUUAAAUAUUGUAAAUCUGUCCUUUUUUUAUUAUUAUUAUUAUUAUUUAAUAAACUUUUUAAUAUCCUAUAUUUUUUUUCCAUUUCCUUCUGCAUCAGACUUGCACACUGACACGACAUGAGUAGCAAACUAAUGAAUUAAGCAAAAGGGAUUUAAAGUCAAUUUCCAUUUCACCGUUUUGAAGUUCACCAGACACUCUAGACUCUCUGACCAUUUGGAGCCUUUUUUAGAAGAACAUUCAAUGUUCCUCUGGAAAAAAUUGUAAUCUGGUUUUAUUUUAAGAGCUCAUUUUACUUAGUAUUUCAGGCAAAAUGAGGGCUCUUUCCACUAGUGUUACGACCUGACUGAAAGGCCAUAGCAAAAAGGAAGCUGAACCAUGUCUAACAAUUUGAAAUGGAGAUUGAUUUAAAUCACACUACGCUUAUAAACUAAAACUGUCAAUAUGAAGUGAAGAAGUCAGUGGUGCUUGAGUGGAGAAAGUAUGCGGAAAUGACACGACGGGCCUACAAAGCUAAAGGCAGCGUCAUAACCUGUAAAGAGUUAGAUUAGUUGGCAUCCAGAGUUUAAAGAUACUGAGGGCCCUCAGGUCCCCCAUUUCACCAAUUAGUUUCAGCAAUGAAACGUAAAUGGCCAACCUAGCCACAAGGGAUCAUAACCACUGGAAUUGCACAGUCACUUUAUUUUAACCUCACAAUGGUAGUGUCUAACUCCUAGUAGCAGUUUUAAUCGGGAUAAUAAGCUGAAAAUUAUUUUACAGAAUUC